UUUUUUUUUAAGAAAAAAGAUCUUGAAAUUUAUAUAGAUUAAAUGAACAAUUCUCAUCCUAAUUCACCUCGUACAAAUAUAUCUUCUAGAGAUAGAACACCUUCUUCUAAUGGUGUAACAAACAUACAACAUUCACAACCUAUUCGCACUACAGGAGAGAGACUUGCAUCACUUGUAGGCGCAUCAUUAACCACUGUAGGCGAUGAUGUCUAUGUUUUUGGUGGAUUUGACCAAUACACAGAUGAAAUUUUUAAUAAACUUUACAAGUUGGAUAACAAAAACUCUUAUCAAUGGAGGCAGAUCAUCUAUACCAAGGGUGACCCUCCUGCAAAGCGUAAUGACCAUUCCGCAACUUUGUGGAAUGGAGAUAAAAUUGUCAUUUUUGGUGGUAACUCUGAAGAGGAUAGUUAUUUUAAUGAUGUUGCUGUAUUGGAUUUAAAUACUAUGACUUGGUGGCAUCCAGAAGUUCAUGGUUUUAUACCACAAGGCCGUAUUCGUCACUCAGCGACUAUAUAUGAAAAUAAACUCUAUGUUGCAGGUGGAAUUCAAGUUAAUGUAACGACAGCGUUUGCAGAUACGCUAUUAAUAUUGAACCUAAAUACAUGGGAAUGGGAACGUCCAAUUCCAUUUAUAAAACGAGCACAGCAUAUGAGUUUUAUCUAUAAUUCAAGACUUUAUUUGUUUGGAGGAUUAAGAGAGGAUAUGAGUCGAUCAAAUCAUUUAGCUUUCAUUGAUCUGAAUAAAACAGAGGAUGUCACACAAUUAGAUAUCAGUUCACCGUCUGCUCCUUCUUUGGCAGGACAACGAUUCGCUCAAAUAUGUGGAGACCAAUUGAUUGUGUUGGUAACUUUGCCAUUCAGAGAAGCUUUAGUUGAAGCACCAGUCACUGGACUUUGGUCUUUGGAUUUACCUUCUAUGCAAUGGCAUUGUCGUGAAUUAGGACCGUGUUACGAAAGUUGUAGUUGGCAUAGCUUUUCAAUGACAGAGCACGAUACGUCCUUUUAUUUAUUUGGGACAAAUGAAGAUGAUCCUGAUGAAUUUUAUGCAAUGGUCUUAAAGGUUGAAUUAGAAGAGUUGGGCAUCGUCCCUGUACCUCCUCCUCAACUUGGCUCUGACUUGAUUAGUUUAUUACUAAAUCAGCAACAAAUGCAAAAACAGGGCACAGACUUUACAAUAUAUUCUUCAACAGAACCUCAAGCAGGUGCUAUUCAUGUUCAUCGUCUAGUUCUUUUGGCACGAUGGCCACACUUUGUUCAUUUAAUAGAAUCGGGUAUGGCAGAAUCGAUCAGUAACACAUUAACAAUGUCAGAACCACUUUCAACUUUAGAAAGCUUUGUUCGAUAUCUUUAUACUGAUACAUUAAAUGAUCCUAGUUUUACAACAGACGUUAUUGCAGAUUUAAUGGUGAUGGCCCAUGUUUAUUUAUUACCUCGUUUAUUAGCAUUAUGUGUACGUCAUCUAUUUAAUAAGAUGAAUGUUGAAAGUGUAAGUAAAAUAUAUCAUGCAGCAAGUUUAUCUGAGCAAAGAGGACUUCAACAAGCGUCUUUGAAUUAUAUAUUACACCAUUUUGGUGCUAUCUCGCAUACACAGGGCUUUCGUCAGCUUCCACAACAAAUUUUAUUUCAAAUAUGGGAUGACAUAUCCCCAAAUGCUGCUAUUGUAAACCAAAAGCCAGAUCAAGCAUUUUUACAACAACAGCAGCAGCAGCUACAGCAACAGCAACAACAGCUUCAAUUACAUAAUAGUUUAAAUAAUAAUGUUACUAUAGAAUUACGAGACGAAGAAGAAGAGGAGGAGGAUGAGGAAAUGUUUGCAUAAAAUGUGGAUAUUAAGUUUAUCAAAUAAAAUAAUAUAAAAUAAAAUAAAAAAUUAUAGAAUAGUUCGACCCGGAUUUAUAUUUUAUUCCAACC